CCGCCUUAUCAGUCUGACAGUGUGUGUGCCGUCAGCACGUGUUUUUCUGUAAAUAUUUUCAUUUUUUUCCUCAUUUUCACGGUUCACUCUGUGCUUUAAACAUUCCUGGACAAUGCCUCUGAACAUGGACGGACGACUAAGGGAGCUGGCAGUGAAAUUGCACGAAAUAGACGCUGUGAAAUUCGGUGAAUUUAAAAUGAAAUCCGGCAUCAUGUCACCUGUUUACUUUGAUUUGAGGGUGAUUGUGAGCUAUCCGGGAGUUUUGAGUUCUGUGGCUAAUUUACUGAUUGAGGUUAUUGAGGCAAAUCAGCUGAAUUCCAAGUACGUCUGUGGAGUUCCUUAUACGGCCCUUCCUAUUGCCACUUUGGUCUCGGUGGAAUCUAGCCUUCCCAUGUUGAUGCGCAGGAAGGAGAAGAAGGAUUAUGGGACAAAAAAACUCAUCGAGGGACAUUUCAAGUGCCAAGAAAAUUGCCUUAUUGUCGAGGAUAUUAUAACAUCUGGAGGCAGUGUUUUGGAAACAGCCAAUGAUCUCCGGAAUGAUGGGCUUGUCGUGACAACAGCUCUCGUGAUCAUUGACCGAGAGCAGAAUGGAAAGAAACGGCUGGCAGAGAAGGGGAUUGAAAGCUUUUCUCUCUACACAAUGUCUUCCUUUUUGGAAUUUCUGCAGAAAGCCGGGAAGAUUUCUGCGGAGACUGUGGAGUCUGUCCGGAAAUAUGUCGAGGAGAAUAAGUUUCCGACAUCUGGGGAUUCUGCAGUAGUCACUAUGGAUCGCUUGAGGAUGCCUUUUGCUGAGAGAGCAUCUCUGGCUAAGAAUCCCGUGGCCAGGGAACUUUUUCACUUGAUGGAGGCUAAAAGAUCGAAUCUCUGCCUGGCAGCAGAUCUCACAAAGGCCACUGACAUCCUCAAUCUUGCCGCUGAAGUUGGUCCUUACAUCUGCGUCUUGAAACUCCAUGCGGAUAUAAUUUCUGACUUCUCUAAGGACUUCAUAUCAUCCCUUCAGCAACUUGCUGAGAAGCAUAGAUUCCUCCUGUUUGAAGACCGGAAAUUUGCUGACAUUGGAAGUGUCGUGGUGAGUCAAUAUCGCGAUGGGAUCUAUGAAGUGUCUUCCUGGGCUGAUCUGGUCACUGCACAUGUUCUACCUGGCCGUGGAAUCCUUCAGGGUAUCAGGAAAGUCAUGGAAACCUCAGGAACGAAGCGUGGGAUGUUUGUUGUGGCUGAACUGAGCUCAGCAGGAAACCUAACCACACCAUCCUAUGCCCAGGAAGCUGUCAAACUUAUUGAAGGCUCUGAAGAUGCUGUCACAGGAUUUGUGUGCCAAGAUGGAGGCCUCCUGAAAAAUCUUCCAGGCGCUAUUCAUCUGAUUCCUGGAGUUAAAAUUGAGGGAUCAGGUGAUUCUCUUGGGCAGCAGUACAACACUCCGGCAAAGGCCAUUGGAGUCUGUGGGGGCGAUAUUGCGGUUGUUGGGAGGGGAAUAUACGAAGCUAAAGAUGUUGUCCUGGCAGCUGAAACUUACAGAAAUACUUUGUGGGACGUCUACUCCAAAAGGAUUGAAUGAAAAACCCUAACAUUCCACUUUCCAUUCCUUGCCGGACAUCCAAAGUUCCGGCUGUAUCUUCCAUUAUCAAUAAAUACCCUCGAGGAGGUGAAUAAAAACCGUAAAAAAAACCAA